GACAAUACAUAUUGUCAUACGGUAAUGGCGAACAUACUGAAUAUAACCACACUUGAAUAGGCCAUGUAGUACAAAAAGUGGUAGGACAUCAUUGGUUGGCCUUGUUCCAGAGCAUACAAAAUUUUAAAUAAGUUCCACAUGCCUGAGCGACUUUUUAAGGUAUUUUUAUUUACCUUUCCUACAUACCAUAUAUGACUAAAAUAAGCAAGAAAAGAUUUGUAAAAGUGUACAAAACAAAAUAUUUGUGGUGUCACAGUUAAACAUGCAGCCAGACGAGAAUCAAUAAAAUGCUUUGAUGACAUACAAUUUGACUUAUGGAGAACAUACUAGGAGAUCUACCAAGAGUGUCUUGGUCACACAGGAGUUAUACAGCAAAUGAGUUGGCUAAGCGGGAAGCAUCUCUUCCAAUGGUGGUGAAGACCACUGGUUGUAUACAUGGUGAUAUGUUCUACCAGGGCUGGAGUAAUGAACAAGUUUUGUACUUACACAGUGUUAAAGAACAAUUUCGAUUUUUAGCAUAUGACAACAAUGUAAAUGAAAUCAGUAUUCCAAUCAACAGUCCAGUCACAUUUUUGGAACCAUUAGGAGAUGCUGAGGUAAUCCUUGCGGAACACAUGAUACUACCACAAUAUAUCAAGAUUGACCUGCAACAUUCAAAACAUGACCUGUCCCAAUUGAUAUGCCUGACAGAGGAAGAUGAAAUUAUUCUCAAUAUCAAACGAAGAGGUUGGAUGAAAUACUUACUGGGAGUGGGUUUGUCAAAAGGUGAAGUUGGCAGUUGCAUGGAGAGCAUCCCAGUUGACUAUGAUGGAAUACAGUUCUUUGUUGCUCUUGACCUUCGAGAUGAAACCAUUGAAGACUUCCUCAAAUUUGAGAGUUGUGUAACUGAUUUGGUCAUCAGUACUCAUCAGCAUCAACUUGACAGUUACCAAGGCAACACAGAUUUCAUAAUCAAUGCUCAACCAAAUUUUAUUGAACUGCUUGAAGAAAUAAAUACUGCUAUUGAGAUUCAAGUAACUGAGAGCUCUCAUCCCCUCAGGAAUAAAAGAAAAGGCAAACGUAAGAAGCCAAAAACCAAGGACAGAAAGGAUAGCUAUGCUGAUAUCGAUAUUAGUGUGGUAAAAACCAGCAGUACCUACCAGGAUCUGACUUUAACAAGGCGCUCAUCGGAUGAAUAUGACUAUAUAGAUUCAGUUUCAGAUUCGGAUGAUGGUUAUGAAAUAAUUGAUGAAAAAUUUCAAUUAAACAAUGAUAGCCGUCAUGUAUAUGACCAGCCAUAUCAUAAUUGCAAUGAUGGUUAUCUUAUUCCAAAUGCAUAUUUUCAGGACAGUCAGACAACUAAAUUGCCAAUAGAUGGACAGGAAGAAACUAAAACUGAAUGUGAUAAGAAGGAUUUGGUUUCAAUGGAACUAGAAAAAAUUAUAAAUCAACAGCGGACAGUAGAAGACUAUAAGGGUUACUUAGUUCCAAUGAAACGGGAAAAUGUGAAAACAGAGGAUUAUAAUAACAGUUGUUUACUCUCAAUGGAACAAGGAGAAAAUGAGACGGGCAAGAAACUGAUGACAAAAUUUGGUUAUGAAACAAGAAUAAAGAAAAUGGAGAAGGCUUUACCAUCACAAGGAGAUAAGGAUUGUCUUAUUCCAACAAAACACAAAGAAAACAUUAAGAAACAAACGUAUAUGACUUCAGAAGAAAAUAAACACGAUAUAAUUCCAAUGAAACAAGAAGUAGAUGCAGAGAACAAAAAACAAAAAACUGCAGAGGUUCCAAUGAAUGAAAAAUUAGAAAAGAAAAUUCUAAAAAAAACUGAGAAAAAACACUCAUCAGAAAGUAUUCAACAUAAAUCACAGCAAGAUUAUGAUAAAAACAAGCCAAAUCCAUUUGUACAUCCACUAUCACAGGGCCAAGAUACUGGUCUAGAAAGAGUUCAAGAUCUAAAGAAGUUAUAUAAACAAACUGCAAAUGAUGUUAUGAAAGUUUUGCCACAAAGUUAUAAAGAACAACAAUCAUUUAACUCAGAAAAUGACAUAAUUCUUAAAAGCACGAAAUUAAAAACAAUUUUGCCUACAAAAACGAACACAAUCAGUCAUAAACAACCACAAUCACAUAACAUAACUUCUCAAAGUAGGAUAUUAAAGCCGAUUAUGCCUUUGCCUAGAAAAACAGAUACAGUAAGUAGGAAGUUAGUAGUAAGUGGAAGCCUCGAGUCAAUUCAAAGUGAAAUAUCUACUCAUAGCAGUAAGUCUAUAGAGGGCAAUAUUUCCACUAAUAGUGAACACAAUGGCGUCAAAAAAUGCAAUGUCCUCACUCACUGUGAAGAAAUAGUGGGAAACAAGCAUAAAAGUGAUGCCAAAACACCUGCGAGACCAAAGGUAGCACCGAAACCCUGUAAGACAAAACCUGCGAGACCAAAGGUAGCACCGAAACCCUGUAAGACAAAGCACUUUCUGGGCUAUGAACUUACCUCUCACAAAACGGAAGACAUAAAAAGCAGUAAAAUAACUGUUAAACCUUCAGUACCACCCAAACCUUGUAAGAAAUAAUCAAUGUGGUCCAAUUAAUGGUCAUAUCCAACAACGUUGAGAUAAGUCAACAUGUUGGAUGGGGGAAGGGGAAGGGCGGCACUGAGCAUUGUGGAGAGGGGUUUCGGGUGCACCAUUUACUCCCAGAUGGAUUUUCAGCAAUUUUCAGGCACUUUCUUUUUAAUCUGUCUCAAAACUAUAAAAAUUACUGACAGACCCUGAGUUUUCUAUAUUCUAAACAGUUGUCUGUCUGUGGUUAAUGUAAGGCAAUACUUGUUUAUACCUUGUUUCACAAACUAAUUUUUUUAAAGGUUGUCAGGGAAGCGUGGAAAAAUAAUAAAAUUUUGUUUUCGUAUUUAGCAAAUAGUUUUGCCCAAAACAUUCAGAUGGAGGAGAAAAUAAAAAUAAAAUUUUAUAGGUGCAUGUAAACAGUGAAGUAAUGGAAUGGUUAAAUGCUUUAAAUUAUAUAAUUAGGAAGAAAUACACAUAUCUUGUUCUUGGAGAUUUCAAGACAGUGGCAUGCGAAAUUAAAAAAAAAAAAUUUUUCUGAAAUUUAUUUUCUUUUUUAUGGUGGUGGGUGCACUAAUUAGCCUAAAACAAAAUAUUAUUUUUAUUCAAAAUUAUCGUCAUUAGCGGAAGACGUGUUCGCUAAAAAGGUAUAAAAAAAGUUGCUGGACUUGUCAGUAUAGUUAACUUGGAAAAAAUUGAAUAAACCUAAAGAAAUUCCAAACCCUGCAAUAAGACGACUAACAGAAAGCUAAAGAGGAAGAUCAGCUUUUAUAUUUAUCUUUAGCCAAAAAAAUA